AAUAGAUAUGAGAAUCAGUCAGUUGUUUUUUUAAAUGAAUGGUAUACAAAAGUUAGAUGGGAUGAUAUUGUGAAUUAUUUGAAUGAUACUCCAGAGGAAGUAGAAGUUAAAUGUAAAGGAUUUAAACCUUUUCUUGCAAAAUAUAUAUUUAUGACCUCACGAAGAUCUCUAGAAGAAUCAUUUAAUUUUGGUCAACGUAAUAAGAGUGAGGAUGAAGUACAUAGAGAUUGGGAAUUGAUAUUUCAUAGAGGUUCUGUGAAUGAGUUUAGGAACAUGAUCUGGGAUUUAAAAUAUGAUAAAGAAGAAUAUACAACUGAAGAAUUAACAGAAGUUGUCAAAGAUUUGAACAAGGAUGAGGAUGGAGAGAUCGUAAUUAAGAAUAAUCAAGUAUAUUGGAGACAUCAUUUUUCUGAGUUUAAAAAGAGAUACUUACAAGAUUAUUCAAGAUGUAAAGAAUUGUCUGAUUACAAGCAAGAA